AUCAGUUCAUACCAGUCUAGUCCUUUCUUUCUCUCUCUCUUUUGCUUUGUGUAAACUUUCUUUCAAAACUCAUUAUCAAAGAAAAAAGGCAGAUCCAAGGAAGGUUGUUAAUCUGUCAAUCCCAUCAAUCAGUCAACCAAACACGACCAAUCAUCAAUCAAAUUUUUAUAAAAGAAAAGUUGAAAAUACAUUCAAAUUUGAUAUGUCAUCCUCUUCUUCUCCUACUUCUUCUACUACUACUACUACUACCACUCAGCAGCAGCUGGACCACCACCUUCCCUCACCUGAGCAGCUCUGUUAUGUCCAUUGUAACAUUUGUGACACUGUCCUUGCGGUCAGUGUUCCUUGUUCUAGCUUGUUCAAAACUGUGACAGUGCGAUGUGGGCACUGCACCAAUCUGCUGCCUGUGAACAUGCGUGGCUUGCUUUUGCCUUCCGCUAAUCAGUUUCAUCAGCUCGGCCACUCUUUCUUUUCUCCUUCCCAUAACAUUCUGGAAAACAUCCCAACGCCAAAUUCCAAUUAUCUCAUCAACCAGUUCGCAGCUACUAACACUUUUGGAAUGCCAUCUCGAGGAGUUGCUGAUGAGCUCCCUAGGCCACCAGUCAUCAACAGACCUCCGGAGAAGAGACAGAGAGUGCCCUCUGCAUACAACCGCUUCAUCAAAGACGAGAUCCAACGCAUCAAGUCAGUGAAUCCGGAUAUAUCCCACAGAGAAGCCUUCAGUGCUGCUGCUAAGAAUUGGGCACACUUUCCACACAUUCACUUUGGUCUCAUGCCCGACCAGACAGUGAAGAAGACAAAUAUCCGGCAGCAGGAAGGAGAUCAUGGGAGUGUUGUGAUGAAAGACAAUGGAUUUUACGCCGCCGCCUCACCCAACGUUGGUGUCUCCCAUUUCUAAAACAAAACAUGUCCCAAUGAAUGACACUGCUUGCUUUUAUCAACCUCUUUUCUUUAUGUUUAUAUAUUAAAUACUCUCUCUUCCAUGUAUUUUCCCCUUACCUUCAGACUACUGUUUUAAUGUUAUGGUUAUGCCUAUAUUUCCCUCUCA